AUUUCAGAUUUGAUAUAUUCUUCAACUCUCAACUACCAUAUAGCUACUUCUACUUCUAGUAAGAGCAACUAAACCAUAUAUCAAGAGAGAGAGGUUGCUUAGUUGCUCACUAGCUCACUACUUUCUUUAUCUUUUCUUGCUCAUCACAAAUUUCAUGCCAAUUUAGAACAUGGAAGAAGUUGAUCACAAAUCAAACCACAAGUGCAAAUUCUGCCGCAAAAUGUUCCCCUGCGGGCCGGUCCCUCGGUGGCCACAUGAGGUCUCACUUGAUCACCUCCAACGACGAACCAUCAUUAUGCACGAAGAAGAAGAAGAAGACGAAGAAGCGAUCUCAAAGGUACUCGGACGAGUCCUCCCUUGAUCUCUCCUCCUCCGAGCAGGAGGAGGUCGCCUUCACCUUGAUACUCCUCUCCAUGGAUUGCACCAAUUCCGACUCCAACAACAAUAACAGAAUCAAGAGCAACCGGAAUGAUCAAUCCGAGGAUAACAAGUUUAGGUGCAUGAUUUGCAACAAGGCCUUCUCGUCAUACCAAGCAUUAGGUGGUCACAGAGCAAGCCACAAAAAGUUCAAAGGUUGUUGUGCUCCGACAACAACAAAUCCACCUCACAAUCUUCAAGAUUGCAAGAAAAGUAAAGAUCAUGAGUGCCCAAUUUGCUUCAAGAUCUUCCCAUCAGGCCAAGCAUUGGGUGGUCACAAAAGAUCCCAUUUGAUCACUGAUCAGCCCAAGAUCAAUCCCACUGGCCAUCUUCGUGUCGAAGAGACACAAGCUCCACAAGUUCGACGUUUUCUUGACCUCAACUUGCCUGCCCCGGUCGAGGAAGAGUGCAACGUUGAGUUGAAGCCGUGGUGGAUUGGCGCGGCUCGGCCUAAUCUCAGGCUGAAAUAUGUAUAGAUUCAUUCAUUUUUGUCAUAAUAUUAUUACUAUUGAAAUGCUUUUUUUACUUGUUAUUAAAGCAGA